AUGACGCGCUCAAACCAAAUUACGCCCGACUACUACGAGAUUCUCAACCUCCAAUUCACCAGCGCAACCCUCACAAAACAACAACUAAAAAUCGCAUAUCAUAAAGCCCUCCUAACAAACCACCCAGACAAGGCAGCCAACCCCGAUCUCCCGACCAGCCUCUCCUCAGACCAACCCCCGUCGCAUAACACCACCUACACAAUUGACGAGAUAACAACAGCCUACAGGACCCUCUCCGAUCCGCAGCUCCGCACAGAAUACGAUCGCGCGCUACGGCUAGACCGGACCAAGGCUGCUGAGCGCGAGAAAACGGGGGCAGUGUUCCAUACUGGGUUGGAGGUGGUUGAUCUUGAGGAUCUGGGCUGUGAGGAGGAGGGCGAUUCGGCGUAUUGGUAUCGGGGUUGCCGGUGUGGAGAUGAGAAGGGAUUUCUAGUUACGGAGAGGGAUUUGGAGAGGGAGGUUGAGCAUGGGGAGAUUGUUGUUGGGUGUCGGGGGUGUAGUUUGUGGAUGAAGAUCUUGUUUGCGGUUGAGGAGGAUGGUUUGAGUUGA